CUGAUUGCCGAAGACAUGUCAGCACAAAAGCAACCCAUUCUCUUCGCUGGUGCUAAUGGUACACUUUGCUCUUGACGGAAUGGGCAAGUUAAAAUGUUUCGAAAUAGUCUUGGUCGACAACAAGUCCGUAUUUCACCCAGGAGAAAGGGUGAGCGGACAAGUUGUUGUCGAACUAAAAGGAGACAUGAAAAUGAGAUCUCUCCGAAUUUUCAUGCGUGGCGUGGCCAAAGUGCACUGGACAGAAUCACGCAGCACAGGGAGCCGUUUAGGGUCUUACACUGAACAUUACAACGCAGAAGUUGAAUAUUUCUUCAAACGACAAGUGCUGUUUGGAGGAGAACUUUCUGAGGGAAGAGAUACUUUAACUGAAGGUCGUCAUGAAUUCAACUUCGCCUUUGAGCUCCCAAUGGAAGGAAUUUCUACCUCGUUUGAAGGCAAGCAUGGCAGUAUUCGAUAUUGGCUGAAGGCUGAGAUGGACAAGCCUUGGGCUUUCAACCACAAGACAAAGAAAGCAUUUACCGUAAUCAGUCCUAUAGAUAUCAACAAACCAGAGUACCAGAUGCGAGUGGAAAACAAUGUGGAGAAAACAUUGUGUUGUUGGUUGUGCACAUCUGGACCCAUAUCUAUAUCAGCGCGGACAGAUAGGAGGGGAUACUGCCCAGGGGAAUCCAUUGCUAUAUCGGCAGAGUUUGACAACCAUUCUUCUCGAACGAUCAUCCCUUAUGCCACCUUACACCAAACUCAAGCCUUUUUUGCCAAUGGGAAGUCCAGAGUACGAAGGACAAAGUUUACAGUUCUAACAGGGUUGCCAGUGGCCCCUGGAAGCCGUGGUACCUGGGAAUCACAGUUGCUCAAAAUCCCUGCAGUCUCUCCCUCCAUCAUGAACUGCUGUGUCAUGAAAGUGGAUUAUUAUGUUAAGGUUGCUUUGCAUAUUCCUGGAGCAUAUAACCUGACCAUGCACUUACCGGUUGUCAUCGGUACAGUUCCAUAUCGCCGAGCACGCCCAUACCGUUUCACAGAGUCACGGUUUUACCGUGAACACACAAGCCUCUUGCCUCAAUCUUCAUUAGACAUGGAUUUCUUGCCCCUUCCUUCCCCACCCCCAUACAGAGAAAUGGUCACACCCCCACCUCCAUUUGAUGACCCACCUACGUAUGCUGUGAGUGUAGGUGGCGCUGUUGACAUUCAAGAUGACGAUGAUGACGGCCCUGACAGUAACAUGGGAGACUUGACCUACACUCCAAUGUACACCUACGUGUAUGAUUACAGACCACCUCCAGCCUACUCUGAGAUUGAUCCAAAUCCUGUUGGGGGCCAGAGUUCAGAAAGCGACGACAGUUUGUAAGCGAGGCCAAAAUAUCACCAAACAAACUCUCAUAUUGGGAGCUUUACUGGUUGUUCAUUGGGUGACGAUCAAACAAAACAGGUCACAUGGUUUUGUUCACAAUUUAUACCUAAUACAACAUGUUUUUGUUAUGAACAGUCAUGCUGAAUGGUGGUGGUUUUAAUCUACCUGACAUAUGAAAGUUGCAUUACCUGAGUGUUAUAAAACAAAAAUAUUGUCACUGGAGCAUGUCAAUAAUCUGACUGAUUUGAUACCACUACCAUAAAGGCUCUCAAAUGAUUUGGGCUUGCUCUUCAAUCUGAACAGUAUGAAAAACCAUACACUUCAGUACCUCUGAUUUUUUAUUAUCUUAAUAUUAUAUCAUUUUGGUACGUGAGAAGGUCUGUCAGCAAUCUGCGGAUGGUUGUGGGUUUCC